GACAGUGUCAACACAACAUCGACUGAAGUCGGGAACCAGCUAGUUUAGUCUUUAUCGAAUCAGAUUUGACAUUCUUUUAUUAAUUUAGCAAAGUCCCAACUGCUCGGUUAAUGCUUGCGGAAAACACAAUGGAUAUUCUUUAGUAAGGGCACAAUAUUACUGGUGUUUUAACACCCCACAGCUUUUAACACCCCAAACCACAGCUACUGUGGUUUCGGCAACUUUCAUUCACCUCCUUGGCUUGUGAGAUACAUGUUUUUUCAUGAAGAGAGACGAGAGACCAGAGGGAUACAGGCAAAUGCGGCCAAAGACCUUCCCGGCGAGCAACUACAGUGGCAACAAUCAGCAGUUGAUGUUGCAAGAAAUCCGGGAGAGCCUGCGUAACAUCUCGCUCUCCCGGCCCUCGGAUGCUCUCAAGCUGGAGAGCCAAGGGCAGCAAGGGCGCAGCACCAACCCUAAAAACCCCUACCACAAAGCACUGCAGGAAAUCCGUGAGUCUCUGCUGCCCUUUGCAAACGAACCUGCCUCUGCUAGCUAUGUGCCUGAGAUCAACGUUCAAAUGCUGCAGGAGCUGUUGGCUGCUGGAUUUGAAGAGGAGAUGGUGAUCUGUGCUCUGAAGCAGACUAACAGUCGCAGCCUGGGGGCAGCUUUAGAGUACAUCAGUAAGAUGAUCUACCAGGACCCGAUGAGGGAGCAGAUGGCAGCUGCAGCACGCACAACUAACCCAGCCAUCAAAUCAGCUGCAACAUCUCACAUCGGGCAACCAGUACUGCGACGGCCCAGCUGGAAAGGAUCCAGGGAAUCUUUGGCACCGCAGCGCCACAGUGGCCUGUACCGCUCCAACAGCCCUGGUCCUCAGCCUGACCUGUCUCGACCUUCCACUUAUCCUCAGGCUCACACACCCGGGGUCAGCGCUCAGCGAGUAAACCCUGUUCCCUCAACGUGGGACUCAAACCCAUCAACAAAACGGUACUCUGGUAACAUGGACUACCUUGUUUCUCGUAUCUCGCCUGUUCCUCAGGGACAAUGGGCAGACAGCUACCAGAGCCCUCCUACCCAGGCACAGCGGGGUAUUAGCCCAGUGCCCAUGGGGCGCCAGCCUGUUAAAAUGCAGGGUUCUGGGGGAAAUAAGUUUACCUACCCACCCGCAUGGGCACAAAAUGGGUCAGCACAAGCUGAGUAUGGGCACGGACUAGUAAUGGUGGGUGGUGGUAGGCAGGCACCCGCUGCCCCACCUCCACCAUAUCCUAUGGGCCAGGCGAGUGCACACAGUCCUACAGCUCAGAUGCAGGUGCCUAAUCGCAAUAGCCACAAUCUGGAGAUGUACAACUUGGGUGUCAUGGUACAGCCUAGAUCUUCACCACAGCAGCUUCAGUCUUCUCCCGGAAAUGGGACUACUCAAGAGGUUUCGUCUCCAUCCUGGUCCCAUGCUAUCCCAGCACGCUCCAACUCAUUCGCCAAUGCUGCGUCACGCCCAUGCCCGCCGGCUGCCAGCUCACAGCCUUCCGCCACUACUGUCACAGCCAUAACGCAGGCACCCGUCCUACAGCCAGUCAAAAGCACACGUGUUCCGAAACCCGAGCUACACACAGCAGUGGCGCCAACGCACCCACCUUGGCUCCAGCAGCAGCAGCAGCAACAUCCCCCGCCUCCACCCUCUCCAUAUCAGGAAUCCUCUGUGCCUUCUCCUGCUGUGUCCCAUAUGCCAGUCUCGGAGGUGCCUAGCUACCAGGGUCCUCCGCCUCCAUACCCCAAGCAUCUCCUGCAGCAGACACCUGCAUCAUGCCCUGCGUACCCCAAGGAGGAUGAGAUUGCUGAGGAUGACACUGACAAUGUCAGUACAUGCUCUAGCGAACGCGCAGAGUCUUCUGAGACGAGCGCAAACAGCACAGAGCGGGAAAAGAAGCAAAUCACCACAUCUCCAGUGCCCGUCCGGAAAAAUAAACGUGACGAAGAGCGACGGGGAGAAGGCAGGGUGCAGCUCUACUCACCACAAGCCUUUAAAUUCUACAUGGAGCAGCAUGUGGAGAAUAUUCUCAAGAAUCACCACCAACGGAUUCAUCGCAAAAAGCAGCUGGAGAGCGAGAUGCAGCGGGUGGGUUUGUCUGAGGAGGCCCAGGAGCAGAUGCGCAUGAUGCUCUCCCAGAAAGAAUCCAACUAUAUUCGGUUAAAGCGUGCCAAGAUGGACAAAUCCAUGUUUGAGAAGAUCAAGACGCUGGGGGUGGGUGCAUUUGGUGAGGUGUGCCUUGCACGCAAAGUCGACACAGAAACGCUGUAUGCCAUGAAGACGCUGCGUAAAAAAGACGUGCUUCUCAGGAACCAGGUAGCACAUGUCAAGGCCGAGCGGGACAUCCUGGCCGAGGCGGACAAUGAAUGGGUGGUGCGCCUUUACUACUCAUUCCAGGAUAAGGACAACCUGUACUUUGUCAUGGACUAUAUCCCUGGUGGAGACAUGAUGAGCCUGCUAAUAAGACUGGGUGUGUUUAGUGAGGAGCUUACGCGCUUCUACAUCGCAGAACUGGCGUGUGCGGUAGAGAGCGUGCACAAGAUGGGCUUUAUUCAUCGUGACAUCAAGCCUGAUAAUAUCCUGAUUGACCGUGACGGCCAUAUCAAGCUCACAGAUUUUGGUCUGUGCACAGGCUUUCGCUGGACCCACGACUCCAAGUACUACCAGAGUGGAGACCACCCAAGGCAGGACAGUAUGGACUUUAGUAAAGAGUGGGAGGACCCGUCUAACUGUCGCUGUGGUGAUCGGCUCAAGCCACUUGAAAGGCGGGCAGCUAGACAACACCAGCGGUGCCUGGCACACUCACUAGUAGGCACACCAAACUACAUUGCCCCAGAGGUUCUGCUGCGCACAGGUUACACACAGUUGUGCGACUGGUGGAGUGUGGGUGUAAUUCUGUACGAGAUGUUGGUUGGACAGCCUCCUUUCCUGGCUACGACUCCUCUGGAGACCCAGAUGAAGGUGAUAAACUGGCAGACUGCACUACACAUUCCUCCUCAGGUCAAACUAACCGCUGAGGCAUCCGACCUGAUCGUAAAACUGUGUCGUGGCCAUGAGGACCGGCUGGGAAAAAAUGGUGCAGAUGAGAUCAAGGCACACUCCUUUUUCCGCAGCGUGGACUUCAGCGUGGACAUGCGGCAGCAGCCAAACCCACCACCAUACGUACCCAAAAUUACCCACUGCACGGACACGUCAAACUUUGACCCGGUGGACCCGGACAAACUAUGGAGCGAUGACGCCAACCACAAUGACACACUGGGCUCCUGGUUCAGGAACGGAAAACACCCGGAGCAUGCCUUCUACGAGUUCACGUUCCGCCGCUUCUUUGAUGAUAACGGUCACCCGUACAGCUCCCCCAAGCCUAUUGAGUAUGAGGAGUAUGACGAGGAGGAGGGAGAGGAACUUCAAAGCCAUGACUAUGGACAGGGUCAGGGACGGGGCCUGGUUUAUGUUUAAUGUUUUAGUGAAACGUACAGACUGGAUUCUGUUUGUACAAUUCUGAGGUUUUUACACUACAGUUAAAAGCUACAAUACUUGUAAAAACAGGAGUGGGACCUUGUGAGGUAGUGUGAGUCGCAUUUAGCAUUUUCAGCUGAAUGCUCUAACUGGAUGUUGUCUGUGUAUGAAUGUAUAUGGUGCAAAUGUUUAUCCUCCCAUUCAUUUGUUGUGGUACACUUUCGUAGUGUCUUACACUACAUGCAGUUGUGUAUAAUUUAUUUCAUGUUCAGAAGGUGCUUUGAUCAGUGCUCCCUGAACAAACGAGGAUUUCGUGAUAUUCCACUUUUUCACCCCCAUUUUAAGCCUUAAUUUAUUUAAAACACUGUAAAUCAAGGACUAGCUCAAUUCUGCCUUCUGGACAAAUAUGAUGUUAAUUUAUGAUUGAGUAGAUCUCUUUCUUGUUCUGACCUGGCUCUGCAGGGAUUGGUUAAAUGGAUAACUUAUCUGUUGCUGUGCCUUUUCUUUUACGUUCUUUUACCAAAUACACAGGGGGAAGUGGCGUCUCUUAGCCAGUCAACUGAACUGACAACUAGCUUAUUCAUAGAGAGUAUUGUGUAAAUUGUAUUAUUAGUCGUCUUUGUAUUUUCUAAUUUAUACACUGAAAUGUAUUUAUAAAUUAUGCAGUCUUGAUCAGGUUGGUGUAGGAAAUAAACCCAAGGGCGAGUCCCUUUCUCUAUCUCA